AUGGAGGAUGCGGAAAUUGCGGAAGCUGCAGAGGAUGCCGCGGAGGAGGUGGUGGUUGUGGAGAUUGAAGAGGCCGACUUGAGUGUGGAGGUGGAAGGGAAGGAGGAGGAAGGUAAGGAGGAGGAAGAGAAGGAGGAGGAGGAAGAGGAGGAGGAAGAGGUUGAUGUGGAAAUUGAAGGGGAUGAGUUGCGUGUAGAAAUAGAGGACGAUGCGGUGAGCAUGGAUAUAACGGAGGAGGAGGUAGAGGAAAGCAUGCACGCGGGCGUGGCUGCAGUAGGCGCGUUUGUCGGCUGGCAUCCCGUGGAAGCUGGCGGAAGGGGCGCCUCCGCCCCGCGCGGGGCCCGCGGCGGAGCGGACGGCGCGGGGGAAAGCGCGGAGGGUUUGCGCGGGGCGGAGGGGCCCCGGACUCCCGACGGGUGGUUUGGGGAAUCAGCGCUGGUAGGCGCGCGGGAUGGGGGCCGGGGGGGCGAUAGCGCGGAUGAUGGUUCGGAAAUUAGAGCAGCGGUAGGCGGAAGGGAUAGCGCAGCGGAUGCGGAAGAGGGUCGCGCACGAGGGGAAGGGGAAGGGGAAGGGGAAGGGGGGAAGGGGAGGCGGCGAGCGGGCCGCAAGUCGGUGGGGAGGGGUAGGGCGGGGCAGGGGAGAAGGAGAACCGGGAAGGGCGCGGGAGAUUCAGCUAGGACAGGCACGGGAGGUGGGAGUGGAAGCACGGGCAACGAGCAGGGGGGGUCGGGGGUAGCGGAAACGCAGGCGGGUGGGACGUUUCAGGGGAAGGAGGAGGAGAAGCAACGCACGGGAGGACGUUCAACGAGGAAAGAAGUGCGAACGAGGGGUCAGGCGCGGUUGGCAGUGGCCGGUGCGAACACAGGGGCGAAAGCAGGGGCGAAAGCAGGGGCGAAAGCAGGGGCGAAAGCAGGGGCGAAAGCAGGGGCGAAAGCAGGGGCGAAAGCAGGGCCGCAAGCAGGGGCGAAAGCAGGGCCGCAAGCAGGGGCGCAAGCAGGGCCGCAAGCAGGGGCGCAAGCAGGGCCGCAAGCAGGGCCGCAAGCAGGGGCGCAAGCAGGGCCGCAAGCAGGGGCGCAAGCAGGGGCGCAAGCAGGGGCGACUCCUGAGUUUAUGAAAAUGCGUUUGAGAAAGGGGCAGAGAGGAGGGGUGAGGGGCGGAGGGCAGAGGAUGGAAGGGGUUGGCAAGGCAAGUGGUGUGACUCCUGAGUUUAUGAAGAUGCGUUUGAGGAAGGGGCAGAGAGGGGUGAGGGACGGAGGGGUGAGGGACGGAGGGGUGAGGAGCGGAGGGAAUAGGAAGGAAGGAGCUGGCCAGGCAAGUGGGGUUACUCCUGAGUUUAUGAAGACGCGUUUGAGGAAGGGGCAGAGAGGGGUGAGGGACGGAGGGAAGAGGAAGGAAGGGGGUGGCCAGGCAAAUGGGGUGAGUGCUGAACUUAUAAAGACGCCUUUACAGAAGGGGCGCAGAGGAGGGGUGAGGGGCGCAGGGCGCGGGGAGGAAGAGGCUGAUCCGUCUGGUAGUGCGAGUCCUGAUGUGGUGGAGGUGCCUCUGGUGCAGGUGCCUCUGGUGGAGCAUGGGGGGCCUAUGGUGGGGCAUGGGGUGGAGGUGGAGCAGGGUAGGCCGUGUGGUGGGGCUGUUUCUGAGGCGCCUCAGAAGGAAAGGCUUAGGCCGUGUGUUGGGGCCUUUUCUGAGGAUUCUCAGAAGGGAAGGCUUAGGCCGUGUGGUGGGACUGUGCGGGAAGGAAGGAAGCGGAAGCGGGCAGAUGCGAGGGUGGAAGAAGCGGAGAGCGCGGGUGGGGGGCUGGCAGACGAGGAGGACGGAGCAUGUAGAGGCGUGGAUGCAUGGGAUGAGUCUCCGUUGAAUAGUCCUCUGCGUGGGGCUGCUGGGGCGUCAGUCACAGUUGGGAGAGCAGUGGGAGCAGAGGAAGCAGUGAGGGGGGAAGUGGGAGCAGUGGGUGUAGUGAGGGCAGUGAGAGAACUAAGGGCAGUGAGAGAAGUGAGUGCAGGGACUGGAUCUGCAGCAGCAGCAGCAGCAGCUGCUGCAUUUGGGAGUCCCAUUGAUGUAGCUUCGCCUGAUAAUGUCACACGGUCUGCCAAUGCUGCCAGUGCUGCCACUGCCGCCACUGCUGCUGGUGACAUCACUGCUGCCACUGCUGCUAAUGCGACAAAUGCACCAUCCCUUAAUGCGCAUGUUGUUUCUGACUCGCCACGACCCGCAACACCACCCCCUGCUUCCUCACGUCUCCAACGCUCCAAUGCUGCCGGUGCUACCACCGCUGCCAAUGCUACCAACGCUACUAACACGGCCAAUGCACCAUCCCCCAGCGUGUCAGCUCCUUCCAACGCGCCACUACCUGCCACACCUCCUCGUGCUGCUUCACGUCACCAACGCUCCACAGCUGCCGGUGUAGCCAAUGCUGCAAACGCUACUAGCGUGGAUAAUGCACCAUCCCCCAGCGUACCCCACACCGAUGGCUCUCGCAUUGUCAAUGUGGAGUACUCUCGGAGUGGUCGCCCGCGCUUCCCUCUUCUGGCCUACUGGAAGCACGAGAGGAUUUUCAGCCCUGUGGAUGUGGACCGACCUUGUAUACUGCUAGGGCUGCAGCCAACGACGCGUGCAGAGGAACUGAAGAUUAUCAAGAAAGGUGUGGGGAGAGCAGUGGCUGCUGAAUCGACUCGACAGUCACCUAGGAGGAUGGGGAGGAGUGCUCAAGGGGAAGGGGGGGUUGAGGUGGAGAGUCUGGUUGAUCCGGCUGGAAUGACAAGUGUGGGGAGAGUGGUGGCUGUUGAAUCGGCUCUGAAGUCGCCUAGAGGGAGGGGGAGGUGUGCCCAAGUUGGGGUUGAAGCGGACGGUUUGGGUAAUUCUCCUAGAAAGGCAGGGGCGGGGAGAGUGGUGGCUACUGAAGCAACUCGAAAGUCUCCCAGGCUGAGGGGAGAGUAUGGGGAAGGCGGGCAGGAUAAAGAGGAUAUGAUAGAUUUGACUGGGGAGGCGGAUGGGGGGAGAGAGGCGGUGGCGGAGGAGGGAAGAGGGGUUGGAAGGGAGGAGGGAGGAAAUGGGGAGGGGGAUAUGGGCGGAGAGGUGGUGAUGGAGGGAGCUGAGGAGAGGAGAGAGGAGGGAAGAGAGGAGGUAGGAGAGGAGGGAGUGGAGGGUGGAGGGAAGGGGGAUGGAGAUGGAGGAGUAGGAGGGGAGGGUGAAGAGGAGGAAAGAGGGGAGGGUGAAGGGGAGGGAGAAGAGGAGGGAAGAGGGGAGGGUGGAGGGGAGGGAGAAGAGGAGGGAAGAGGGGAGGGUGGAGGGGAGGGGGAAGAGGAGGGAAGAGGGGAGGGUGGAGGGGAGGGAAAAGUGGAAGGGAACGGGGAGGAUGGAAGGGAAAAAGAAGAAGCGGAAGCUCCUGUAAUGGGGGCUACAGAUAAGGAUGCUGUAACAAGUGUGACUUUAGCGAGUGUGUUGAAGGGAGCUGGGAGAACCGUUGAUGGGACAGUGGUGGGAGGAAGAACUGUGCCUGGUAGGGCUGCCAAGGCUGCUGCUCUGGCUCAGAUAUUCCGAACCUCGAGAACAGGGCAGAAGGGGAGAGUGGAUGUGGAUGCGGAGAAGGGAAGAGUGGUGGAGAAUGCGGAGGAAGGGAGAGUGGAGAGGGUUGGAGGGGGGGGUGACGGAUUGGAUGGGAGUGGGGGAGGCGCGAGACAGAAAGAAGAGGGGGAAAGCGAUGGGGAAAGCGAUGGGGAAAGCAUGGGAAAAGGGAAUGGGGAAGCGAAGGGGAGGGCGAAGGGGAGGGCGAUGGGGAAAGCGAUGGGGAAAGCGAUGGGGAAAGCGAUGGGGAAAGCGAUGGGGAAAGCGACGGGGAAAGCGAUGGGGAAAGAAAGCGCGCCCCCCCCACCCUCCCCUCCUCCCUCUGUCAACAUCUCCGAAUCUACUCGCAAUCGCUUCUCUGCUUCAACCUCUGCCUCUGCUUCUGCCACUGCGGCUGCCGCUGCCGCUGCUGGUAACCCUAUGGCUUCACCGUCACACGCCGCUAGGAACCGGCCUAAUCAGGAUCAGAACAACCGCGGGCAGAACCACCCCUCUCAAGACGAACCCCCGGAAAGCCCCGCCUCUGCGUCUGCUUUCGCUCCUGCCGCCGCUCCUGCACUGGAUCACAUGGGGUGGACGGCGGGUCAAGUGAGAGCGUUUCACGAGGCCAUGAGUGCAGUGAAUCCGCAUGCAGAGGGGUUCUGGGCGCGGGUGGCCCUGUGGGUGCCUGGAAAGACCGCGACUGAGUGCUUUGACCGGCAUCAUGAUCAGUUUCCGACGCCGCGGAAACGGAGGGAGAGGCAGAGGCGGUUGAUUGGAGGGGGUGGGAGGGGGGAGGAGGAGGGGCAGCAGGAGGAGCAGGGGCAGGGGCAGCAGCAGCGAGGGGUGCCGAUUGGGGAGUCAUCCCAUGCUGCGUUUGUUGCUGCUUGUGUGGGGAUUGGGCCUGUGGGAGGUGCGGAUGGUGCAGGGGAGGGCGGGGAGGGGUUGGAAGGGGUGGAGAUGGGUGAGAUUGAGGUGUGUGUGCCUUCCAGGUACGUGGGAUGGGACGACAUGCCAUACCCUUCUCCAGAAGUCCCCACCAUCCCCCAUUCCCCCAUCGCCCCAUCCCACACGCAACAGGCAGUCUUGCAGCACGACGAGCAGAGCAGCGUCGUCUCUGCAGUCGCACUUCCCGAGGCAGUGCUAGCAGUGCAGUGCCAGCACAAGGACGACUUCACGCAGCACGAUGAGGAAAUCAGCGCCAUGUUUGCUGUCGCCCCCCUCUGUGUUGCCUCACCGCUCUCCACCCCAUCCCACCCUCCCUCACAGACGGUGCAAGCAGUGCAGUGGACGACUUCACGCAGCACGACGAGCAGAUCAGCGCCAUGUCUGCUGUCGCCCCCCUCUCUGCUGCUUCACCCCCUUCACCCCCCUCUCCUCUCACAGGCGGUGCAAGCAGUGCAGUGCCAGCACAAGGAUGACUUCACGCAGCACGACGAGCAAAUCAGCGCCAUGUCUGCUGUCGCCCCCCGCCUCGCCCUCGCCAUGGCCUCUGCUGCUCACAAGAGGCUGUACAGCCCUGCAGCAGCAGCAGCAGGUGCUGCUGCCAUUGCCCCCGCUCCUGCUGCUGCUGGCGCCUCUGCUUCUGCUGCUGCUGCUGCUGCUUCUAGCGCUGCUGCUUUGGGGAAUGCAGAACGAGGUUCAGCUGGGGAGAGUCCGGAUGGUUCAAAACAAAAGUACUCCACGUAUGUGGACCGCAUCAUUCGGGAGAAGCAGAGCAGCAGCCUGCCACGGCUGCACAAAACAGGCGGCAGUCAGUCAAGAAGGGGGGGGCGAGGUGGAGGGAGAGGGAAUGUAAAGGGUGGGGGAACAGGAGGAGUAGGACGAGGAGUAGGAAGGGGAGGAAAGGCCGUUGGAAAAGGGAGGGGGGGAGGACGGGGAAAAGGUUUGGGGAAGGGAGGUGGAGGUCCGGGAUCAGGAGAUUCGGAAGUGAUUGGACCGGGGCUGAAUUAUCUUGCCGGUGCAUUGGGGGGCGAGAGGGAGGUGAAGGCGUUGGUGGGAGCAUAUGAGAUGCAGAAGCGGCAUCUGGAGUUGACUGCUAAGCAUGCAGAGGCACUUGCUCUUGGUGCUUCAAGGGAUGGUGGUGAUGGCGGUGGGGGGAUGAGGAGGCUGGGGUGUGGGGCAUGGGAGGUUUGUACAUGGGAUGAGGAGGAUGAGGAUGAGGAGGAGAAUGAAGAGGACGACGAGGAGGAAGAUGGGGAGGAAGAAGAGGAGGGGUGGGUGGGACGCAUUGAGGGGGGUGGAGGCGAAGGAGAGGGUGGGGGAAUGGGAGAUGAAGGGGGAGAACGGGAGCAGUUGGAGUGUGGCGAGGGAGAUGAAGGGGAGGAUGAGGAGAAUGAAACGGAGGAAGCGGAGCUGGAAGAGGAGGAAGAGGAUUGA